AGAAAACCCUGUGUCAAUCGAAAGAAGUCAACAGGAAGAAUUCAGAAUGUUUUACCCUGUCGACGAGGCUUGGCAAUACGACAAGUGUUUCAAAUGGGAUUUGACACUGGAAAAGCCUUUCAAGUAUAUCCAAAUGCCAACAUUUCUCAAUACUCCGAAGAAAUGUGUUAAAAUGCAGAGAGACAAAAAUAGUUUUUUCAGAGCAAUUUCUUAUUGUGUGACCGGUACAGAAAUCAAUCAUCAAAUCUUUCGAAAAUAUGUAGCUCGAGAAAUCCUUUUUAAUCGUGCUAUUCAAAAACUAUACAAAGAAAACGAGUUCAUAAGCUGUAAUAUACAAAAUACUUGGGCGACUAAAAUAGAAAUAAUUGCUUCGGCUGUUCUUUUGGAUACGUCGAUAUUUAUCUAUUCACACGACACACAGACAUGGGACGUAUACAACAAGAACAUUAUAGACAAUGUUCCAGUGGACACUUCAUUUGAGAAGUGCAUUUACCUAAGGCAAAAGUCUCCAAAUGUAUAUGAUUUAGUUCAAGAUGUAGAGCAUAGAGGAUAUUUUUAAUGCUGGCAAUUAACGUACCUAGAGGUUUAUAUUGAGAAGAUUUGUCUUUAUCAUUGUUAAAAUCGUUAAGUUGUACUAAUAAGCUGUAUGCUACAUUACGUAUUAAAAUUAAAUAUAUUUAUUAAAAUCCUGUUUACCU